CCAUGAAAUCCGAUAUUUAAACUUUGCCCUGAAUUUAGGUUGGUAUUGACAUGAAACACCAUUUUUCAGUAUAUAUAAAGGCAUCCACCCGCAAUGUAGCGUCCUUCUUCCUUAGUAGAUUUCUAUUUCUUUUUUUAAUUUUUGUUCGUUUCGUUGUUUAUAGUGAUUUUCGUUUGUUGGAGUCGUCAAUAGUCGCAAGUCGCUCGCUGUCUGUGAUUCUUUCCUAGUGUGAGAAUUCACUCUUUUCGUGAAGAGUUGGUUGUAUCGUCUCUUUGAUUCUUCAAUUCUUUGUCGUUUAAAAUUGUUUUUCCCCGAUCGUUUUUUAGGAGCGUUUGUUUGUCUUUGUGUGUCUGUGUUUUCUCUUUUGUUGUAAUAUAUAAUUCCAUUGCAUUAUCACUUCCCCUCCCCCCCUCGGUUUAAAGAGCGUGUUUGCAUUUUUUGAAAAAUGAAAAGGUUUAUCACAUCCAUUCUUGUGGUGUUCAUCUCCAUGGCUGGAUGGCUAGGAGGUGCCGAUACUGGUUCCAUUAGCGGAAUUUUGAAUAUGAGAGAUUUUCAAGCCCGUUUUGCAAACCGCUAUGAUCCUUCCUCACACGAAUAUUCUUACACGGCUGCUCGCCAAGGUCUUUUGACUGGUAUGGUGAAUGCUGGUUGUUUGUUUGGUGCUAUGCUUUCUUCCCCAUUCACUGAACUCAUUGGAAAACGAAAUUCCAUUUGCUUUUUCAGUGCAUGCUACAUUAUUGGCCAAAUUGUCUUGAUUAGUUCGGUUCAUUCUUGGGUUCAAAUUUUAGUCGGUAAAAUCUUUGUCGGUCUUACCAUCGGUGCAUUAUCCGUCCUUAGUCCAAGUUACCAAUCCGAAGUCGCCCCUCCCCAAAUUCGUGGUGCCAUUGUCUGUACCUACCAAGUCUUUCAAACAUGCGGUACAUUGGUUGCAGCAUGCAUCAACAUUGGAACCAAAGAUUUGACCAACACUGCCACUUGGAGAAUUCCUCUCGGCAUUAAUAUGCUUUGGGGUGUCUUUCUUAUGAUUGGUGUUCUUUUCCUACCUGAAUCCCCUAGAUAUCUUAUUUACAUUGGAAAAGAAGACAAGGCUCUACAAGUCAUGUGUGAAACUGCCGAACUUAGUCCAGAGACUGAAAUUAUCCAAACCAACUUCAACACAAUUCGAAGUGAUAUUGACAAAGAAAUGGCCGGAGGAAAAGCCAAAUGGGGUGAUAUCCUUGGCCCCGAUAUUCGCUAUCGUACUGCUCUUGGGUUCUUGACUAUGUUUUUAAGAGAACUCAUUGGUAAUAAUUACUACUUUUAUUAUGCCACUCAAGUAUUUAGAGGAACCGGAAUGACUAAUCGUUAUCUUCCUGCAAUCAUUUUAGGUUCUAUCAAUUUCGGUACAACGUUGUGCGUUCUUUACAUUGUGGAUCGUGUUGGUAGAAGACUUCCGUUAAUUCUUGGUGCCGGUUUCCAGGCUAUUUGCUUUUUCAUUUACGCCGCCGUUGGUGACAAAAAGCUAUACAAUUCUGAUGGUUCUUCAGAUACCAGAGCUGGUUCUGUGAUGAUUGUGUUUUCGUGUUUGUUUAUCUUUUCUUACUGCUGUUCUUGGGGUCCCAUUGGUUGGGUCAUUGUGGGUGAAACGUUUCCAAUCCGUUACCGUAGUAAAUGUGCUGGUGUCGCAACUGCAGGAAACUGGCUUGGUAACUUUAUGGUUUCCUUCUUUACUCCAUUCAUUUCCAAUGCUAUAGGUUUUAAAUUGGGUUAUAUUUACGCAUGUAUCAACGUUCUUUCAUCGUUCCAGAUCUUCUUUAUGGCCAAGGAAACUAAGGGAUUGAGUUUGGAAGAGGUUAAUGAGCUUUACCUUUCGAAUGUCAAGCCAUGGAAUUCCAUGAAAUACAUUCGCAAUGUCAAGAAGAAUCAUAUCGAAUUCAGCAAAGAGGAAGAAAGACGCGAAAGAGAAAAGUCCAAGGGAGCUCAAGAUCAAGAAGAAGAAUUCAUCGAAAAUGCAGAAAAGAUUGGAGAAACCGAGAAGAAUGUCGAUGCCGGAAAAUUGGACUCGAAAUUAUAGACACAGCUUUCGUGCCUCUCUUUACACCACAUAUAGAAAAACUUUUCACCGCUGUGGUAGAGCAAUAGCUUCUUUGAUCUUUCAUUUAAGUUACGAUGUUAUUUAGUCUAUGAAACAUGAUGUUGUGCAUUUAUAUCACUAUAAAUGGACUGAUUGCCAAAUAGCUAAGUACUCUGUGCCGUGAUGGAAUGGUUCAUGAAUUUUCAAUUGAUGAUUAUAAAAAAUAAAGGUACUUGCGGUAUUCUUUUAUUUUUGAUUAUUUAUGAAAUUAAUGAGAUACGUAUGCUGAUUCCUUGAAAACUACUUUUCUUUGUCUAUAAAUGAUUUGUUUGUGUACUGUACUAUUCAUUGGUAACGAAAGAAAGUUAUUUUUGCGUGGAAUCCUGGAAUAUUCGAUAGCCUGAAAUAGUUGUUCUUUUGUCAUGUUUUUUA